AUGCCGGAAAUUUGGUGCAGCACUUGCAAAGCACACGUAAAUCCAGAACAAACAACAGAAGGAUUAUAUUGUGGAGAAUGUGGAGAAGAAUUAGGUAGUCAUUUUGAAGAAACUGUAGAGUUUAACGAAAAUCAUACUAUGGUUGGCAGAUUUGUUUCGUCCGAGAGAGCAAUGGCUAGUGCAGCUACAGCACUUGCUGGAGUGCCACAAUUUUCCUAUGAUGAGAAUGGUAAUUUAAUAUUUACUUCUGCAGUUCCUCAGGCUGGGAAUACUGAAAAGCCAAUGACAGAAAGUAGACUUCAAACUAUUGAAAAAGCAAAAAGAAGAAUAAGUGUAAUUGCACUUUUAAUGAAAAUACCAAACCAUUAUGUUGACCGAGCGACAAAUACUUACAAAUUAGCUCUUUUGAAAGGAUCUACAAAAGCAAGAAAUCCUGAUAUUGUAGCAGCAGCUUGUUUAUAUUUUGUUUUACGUCAAGACAAACAACCAUACAUGUUAAUGGAUUUUUCUGAAUCUAUGAAAACAGAUGUAUUUUUAAUAGGUCAUUGUUUUUUAGAUUUAAUGACUGCUCUCAAUUUUAAAUUACCAGCAGUUGAACCUUUCUUUUAUGUGAGACGUUUUGCAAAUAGGUUAUUAUUGAACUCUGGAAAAGAAAAUGCAAAUCAAGAAGCAAUUAAUAGAGUAAUCCAAACAACUUUGAAAUUAAUUGCCAGUAUGAAAAGAAAUUGGAUUCAAACAGGAAGAAGACCUGCUGGUAUUUGUGCUGCAGCACUUUUAGUAGCAGCUAGAAUACAUGGAUUUAAAAAUAUUUCAAAACAAGAUGUUGUAAAAGUUGUAAAGAUAUGUACAGCUACUUUAACAAAACGUUUAAUGGAGUUUGAUAAAACAGAAACAGCUCAACUUUCUCCUGAAGAGUUUGAAAGAAGAGAACAAGAAAUUAAUAAUGGUAGUUUUCAGGGAACAAUAGACGUUUCAGAUCCUCCUGCAUAUUCUCGUUCACUUAAGGAAAAAUCUAAACUUAUGGAAAGAUAUGAACCUGAACAAAAGGAUUUAGAAAGAGGAACAGAUGUUAAUGAUCAAGAUGUUGAAGAAGCAGAAAAACUUAUUCAAGACAAGGAAAUUGAAGAAAUAUCAACAGAACUAGAAAAAGGGGAUCAAUUAGCAAGAGCGCAAAGAUUACAAGAAUCCCAAUCAAAACCAAUACCGGAUACUACUUUACCUUCUUCAUCUCUUCCUUCAGCUAGUCAAGAUGUUAGACAAACUCAAAUCAAGAGUUCUGAAUUUGAAGAUGAUGAAUCUAUUUCAUAUGAAGAAAGUAAUAAUCACUCAAAAAUUUCCAUAGAAAAUCAAACAGAACAACAAAAUCAAAUAGAAGAAGACGAGGAAGAAGAAAUUGAUACAUUAUCUGAUUUUGAGGAUGAUUCCGAAAUUGAAGAAAUUGUUAUUACUGAAGAAUCAGAAAUAGAAGGAAGAGAAAAACUUUGGGAUGAAUUGCAUUUGGAAUAUCUACAAGCCAUGGAAGAAAAUAGAAAAGAAAGGGAAGAAAGAAAAAAGAGAGGUGGUGGAAGGAGAAAAAGAAAUAAUACGAAUGUGGAUGCAUCUUCUUCAGUUUUUAAUAUGGGAGGAUUAAUUUAUGGAGCUAGCAAUUCAAAUCAACCUGAAACACAUGCAGUUUUUAGAAGUGCAUCUGAGGCCUCUGCUAAUUUACUAAGAGCUAAAAUAGCAAGAAAUUUGGUUUCUAAAUCUCUUUUUGAUGAAGAUGAACUUUUAAGUGAUACAAUGACAAUACCACAAUCUAAUGCUGAUGUUGACAAUAAUUUAUUAGGAAAACGAAAACCAUUAUCUAUUCAAGAGAAGAAUAGAUAUGAAUACAAGAAUGAUGAAGAGUAUGAAGAUGAUUUUGUGGAUGACUUUGAAGGUGAUUAUGAAAAACAGCCCAAGAAAUUCAAGUUUAAAAAAAAAUAA